AUGAGACCAUUAAUGAAGCUUUCUACUCUUUGGAAAGCCAGUUCUAAUUUCGGACUUGCACACGGACCAAAAUACAGGCAUCAGUUUAUCCAGUUUCGGAAUAUUCAAAGCACUGCAGUUCUACAAGAUAAUAUGGAAACUGUACAUAUAAGAGAUACAAACCACUUCAAACAACGCUUGAUGAGCGAAGGGAAAUUUUCGGAACAACAAUCGGACGUAAUUGUAAACAUAAUGAUUGAUGCUCUACGCGGUGGUGUGGCUCAUGUAUCGCAAGACCUUGCCUCUCGAGAAAAGCUUACCAAACUAACAUACCAGCAGCGAGUUGAUUUUUCUAAACUUAGGGAACAAUUGCUCACUGCAGAUAAAAGUGAGAUUCACAAUUUACAAAAUGAACAUGAAAGGAUACGUAAAGACUUAGAGGUUAUGAGAAAUAAGUUGCGAGAAGAGAUCACUAAGGCGAAUGCGGGAUUCAAAUUAGAUUUGUCAUUGGAGAAAGGACGUAUUCGUGAAGAAAGUAGUCAUCAUGACAUGCAAAUUAAGGAAAUUGACACUCGAAUCGAUCAAGAAGUGACAAAUAUGAAAAUGCAGAUUGAUUCUGUUAAAACCCAAGUCAUGCAAUGGUUAAUAGGUGUUUGUACAGGUACAUUCGCCUUAGUGUUGGCAUACGUAAGACUAUUAACUUGA